CGCAAACAAACAAACAAACAACGAUGUCGCAAUCAAGUCGUCAGUCGUUCAUUUCACUGUCUGUUUGUCACGCACCGCCUCCCCAUCACCAUAGCCGACCAACACGACGAUGGCGUCGCCUGUUGCUUUGAUCACUGGCUCGGCCCGCGGCAUUGGCAGAGAGGUUGCCCGCACGCUGGCCGCACGGGGAUGGACGGUCGUCGCCAGCGCCCGCACACUCGAAGCAGCCCGUGCUGUCGCAGAGGAAGAGGGAGGCGAGGGCAAGUCGUUUGUGCCGCUGGAGCUGGACGUGGAGAGACAAGGCAGCGUGCAGGAUGCUGCGCACCACGUGCAGGCCCUCGGCAUGAAGCUGGACGUCCUCAUCAACAACGCCGCACACUUUGAGACGGGAUGGACACAGCCUCUCUUCGACAAGACGAUGAACGUCAACUUCUACGGGCCAGUCCACACCAUGCGCGCCUUCUCGCCGCUCCUGGUCGACGGAGGGCGCAUCGUCAACGUGGCAUCGUGGUUUGGCCAGCUGCAUCAGAUCUCGCAGCCGUAUCGGGACGCCGUCACCAGCUGCAACUCCAUUGAGGAACUCAUCUCCAACAUCAAAUUCAACGCCAUGGACGGAGACAUGCGUGCGACCGCGCACUCCUGCUACAAGCUCAGCAAGGCCUGCCUCAUCCGCGCCACCGGCUUUGCUGCCCAAGACCCAGACCUUGUGCAGCGCAACAUCAAGGUCUUUGCCGUCUGUCCCGGCUGGGUUCGAACGCAGAUGGGCGGGCCAAGCGCCACCCGCUCCGUUCCAGAAGGCGCCGCCUCUGUCUUGGCGCUCGUUGAUCCAAAGGAAGAGCACGUGUCUGGCGGCUUCUACCGCGAUGGCAAGCCCAUGAGCAUCGACUGACACCGACACGCCUGCGCGUCGCUCCACCUUUGCACAUCACGAACACCCGCGUCCACGCGAUGCAACACACAACCGUUACCGUACUUGCUUGCGAACUGCUUGAUUGCUUGCCUGCAUGCAUCCUUUCCUCCUCAGCCUCCACUCGAUGUUGCAGUGAUUUCGGACUUGAAAGAGGCCUCUCACCUCAAGCAACAUUCUUCGUUGUUUACUUGUUGUUCUGAGGUUGCCCUCUCGUCUCGUCUUGUUAGCCAUGCUCUGCCCCAUCUGUCUUCCUGUCUUCCUGUCGCGUCGCGUGUGCUCCUUGUAGGCCCGCCCAGUGAAAGAGAA